AUGAACCCAUCUGGUCGAGUCUGUGCCCGUUGUGCUCGCAUUAAGCAACGCUGUGACGGCAACGAGCCCUGCUCCCGGUGCAAGCGCCUGGGUCACGAUUGUAAACCACGCAGUCCCUCCGCAAAGGAGACCGUCGAUCUUUCAUUACCCGUGGCGGCGCUCCGGCGACCCCGGGCAUCGCGCUCCCGUGGCGGAUGUCUUUCCUGCAAGGCGAGGAAGAAGAAGUGCGAUGAGACCCGCCCACGAUGCAGCGAUUGCCGACGCUUAAAUCUCCCCUGUCAGUGGCUAGCGGAUACUAGACGACUGUCUCGUGACAGGGCCGCUUCAUCAGAAUCAUCAGAAUCAUCAGAAUCGCAUGCGACGGCCUCUCCCGAAGAUCCGAUUGAGUCUUCCGACGGACAUCCGCAAGUGCUUGGGUCCAUCACCCCGGAUGACGACGAUGAGUUUAUUGCCACGCUCUUCCCUCAUCCUCUACCGGAACAGAACGCCGUCAUACUACCUCUGGAUCGCUCCCCAAUCUCCACUAACCCAUUUCUUCGCAGCAACGAAGACCGGUCGCUAUUCAACCACUAUAUCCACGUGGUGGCACGGGCUUUGUCCCGUUCACAUGAUCCCGAUCGAAAUCCAUUCCUUGUGACACUUUUACCACUGGCGGCGGCUUCCGAUGCCGUAACUAGUAUCAUAUUGAGUCUCAGUGGAUGUCAUUGGAGACGCGUCUACCCCAGUAUUUGGGGAUGCGCUUUGAAGCACCAGGGCCAAGCACUAGCCCAUGUCAACACACUCCUAGGUCGAUCAGAUCCUCAAUGCAUCUUUGAAGCCUGUGCCACGGUCCUUCUGCUCUGUUUGACAGAGCUAUUUGACGGCACUUCAAAGGUCUGGAAAUGGCAUCUCAAGGCGGCGAGUGCAAUCCUUAAAUCUCCCGCAUUCCAAUCUCUUAUUUCAAACGAUCAGUGGACUUUCUGUAUCAGCCUUUUCCACUAUCUAGACUCAAUGUCGACAAUCUCACGGUGCAAGGCUCCCCUCCUGCAUAAUGGCGACACCAUGGCCGAGAUUACUACCUCUUUCCGACGAAACAGUAUGCCUGAGCUAGGCCGGAAUCAAUCCACCGAUGCCAUUUACGGCAUAUCUCCCGCGUUGUUAGACUAUCUGGGAAUGGUCAACUUGCUGGCCAAUCAUCGCAGCAAGCGUAUUGAUGAGCUAUCCGAAAUUGGCUUCCGGGCUGCGGCAACCCAAUUGGAAUGCCGUAUCAACGAAUGGAGAGUGGACCACGACCAGGUUGCAGAACAGGAACCCGACACGGAGCGCGCUACAACUGCGUUUGAAUGGGCGAUCCGACUGCGCUUGCACCAGGUGGUGGAAGGAUACGACCCGCUCCAUAAAUUUGUGGAGCAAGCCAUCACAGCGAUUCUUGAUGCGGUUCAGAAGGUUCCUUACGCAAGUCGAGUAGAAGGCUGCCUUCUAUUUCCCUUGGUGAUUGCUGGGUCUAGCAGUGUCAGCAUUGAACGACGCAUGAUGGUAAAAGAGCGCCUGAUGGUGAUGGAAAACACUCUGGGAUUUGGCCAUAUCCAAUACGCGCGACAGCUUCUAGAGACGGUCUGGGAUGGCUGUGCAUCAGAUUUCAACUGGGCUGCAGUACGCUAUAACAAAUUCCCAGGGGUGGUAUUUAUUUAA